AUGGCUGAAAAGAUGGUCGUCUUCAUCACGGGCGCCAAUACCGGCAUCGGCUACGAGACAGUGCGGGCACUGGUUGGGCAGACUGCGCGGGCGUAUCACGUCUUUCUUGGGAGCCGCUCUGUUGAAAAGGGAAACGAGGCGACUUCGGCCUUGCGUGCUGAGUUUCCCGAGACAUGCAGCGUUAUCGAAGUGAUUCAGAUUGACGUCUCGAGCGACGAGUCCAUCAAUGCCGCGUACGAGAUGGUCAAGGCCGGGCCUGGCUACAUUGACGUGCUAGUGAACAAUGCCGGCCAUUCGCUCGAGUUCAAAAUGGCCAAGGGCGAGUACACGAUGCGCGAGGCGUGGAACCAAAUGUACGACGUCAACGUCACGGGCACCCAGAUCCUCACGCACACGUUUGUGCCUCUGCUCCUGCAGUCCAAGACCAAGGACGCCCGUCUCCUCUUUCUGACGAGCGGUCUCGCGCAGCUCGAGACGAUGCACAAGACGUACUACCCGGGCCCGCCGCCGGCGGCCGGGUGGCCGAAGCAAAACGCCAUGAGCCCCGACGGGUACCGGUCGAGCAAGACGGCGCUCAACAUGAUGAUGCUGGCGUGGCACUGGAACUUGAAGGAGGACGGCGUCAAGGUCUGGAGCAUCUCGCCGGGAUUUUUGGCGACGAACCUGGGCGGCGCAAAGGAGAUGCUCAAGGCGCGUGGAGCGGGGGAUCCUUCGGUUGGUGGUGUGUUGAUGAAAAAGGUGAUUGAGGGGGAGCGUGAUGGCGACGUGGGUAAAGUUGUCGACGGGCAGGGUGUGCAGUCGUUUUAA